AUGAGGUAUAGCACGUGCACCGGUGGGCGGUGGCAGGCUGGGGCCUCACGCCUCGAUGCCUUUCUGUCGGUGCCGGCGGACCGCUUCGUCGCCGCCGCCCGCGCGUUCAAAGCCGCGACGGCGGAGGCGAGCGUAAGCGACGCGCCGUGCAACCUGGUCUGCGUGCCGCCCCUCGCCACCGUCGAAGAGGUAGCGGGCCGGAUGGCCAACGCACUGAGCGUCACCGACUCGACCAAGCUCAAGAUUUUCGUCUACCAAGCCGUCCGCUCCAUACAGUCGGGCGACCCGCAGCAGCUCAAAGCGGCCGCUGCCGAGGCGCGCCGAUUCGAGGCGUCGCUCUUACAGGCCGAGAGGUGCGGCGCGUGA